GUAUAGUUCUUCCUUUUUUCCUCUGUUUGCAUGUUAGUUACUAUUAAAGAAUUCUAUAUUCACUCGGAAGAAAGCAACACAAAACAACAGCACACAAAGAAAGAAUGGAACAAAAAUUAUUAUUAUUUUUUUUUUAAAAAAAAAGAGGAGAAGAAAAGAAGAGGAAACUACAAUAAUUAAUGCAAAAUGAUCAGCUCGUCAAUCGUCAUCAUAAAAAGGAUCAUGCACCCUUAAGACCCCGUCAUUCACCUUAGAAUCCAGACUAUCGAAUUCUGUCUAUAUAUACUAUCAGCUGCAUGCCACGAAUUUGCAGAAGUGUAGUGCAGAGAAAUUCAUAAACCUAUCGCUUCAAGUACUUCCAGAAAAUCCAACAGCCAAAACCAUUUUAUCACUCCUGAAAAUGGAUCGUGAGCAGCGUCGCAGGGGUGCUGGUAAAAGAUAUUCUUUACUUCAAGGAGAUGAAUUCAACCAUAAAAUCCUGUCGGGGAAUUCUUCUGUGGGAUACUCUUCUCGUAUCUAUUACCACCGGAGCACUGAAGGAGUUCCCUUUAAGUGGGAAAUGCAGCCCGGGACACCCAAAGACCCACCAAAGGAUGAUCAAGGAAUUCCCCCGCUCAGUCCUCCACCGGCUGUGCUGAGCUUAGGCCUACCUAAGCCACGCAUCGAAGUACAGCCUAAUAAGGUAAAAACCUGGCCAAGGAUUAGAUUUUGGAACAAAAGCAAGAAAAACAAACAAAGAUCAGAAGAUGUCAAGGCAGGGUCUCGGCGGAGUCAUGACUACACGACUGGCUCGGACAAAUUUGAAAGGUUUGAGUUUUGUAGCUCUGACCGUGAAUUCAUGACGUCACCGCGAAUAUCAAGUUCUUCAUCCUCCUCGUCUUUGUCCUUUUCAAAUGGCCCUUCAUUGCAGUCAUCAAGGCUACAGAGUCCGGGAAGGGACUCGUUUCGAGUGCCUCUAAGUUGCAGUCCUUGGAAUAUAAGCACGAUUCUAAGUUCCAUUGCAAGGCAUGUUUGAUUUUAUGUGAAUCUGAUUGUGUUAGGCUCCUGGCUUAUUAUUUUUUCUCUUUCGUUAUGCUUUGUAAUAUAUUAUAUAUAUAUAUAUAUAUAUAUAUAUAUCUCAAAUGGUUAAUGAAAAUAUAAAAUACCUA